AUGAUGGAUCUCUUAUUUUUAACUGGUAUAAUUUUUACAACAAUUAUUUUUGGUUUAUUGGCAGGAAUGGUAGUUGGAUAUUGUAUGAUUAUAUUAAAAAAAUGGUGGAUAAAUAAAAAAUACAAAAAAUCAGUAACACCUUUUAGUGGUGUACCAUGUUCAAUAAAAUUACAGGAUAAAGAUAUUAUUGAAUUAGAAAUGUUACCAGAUAAUUAUUUUUCAUUUGGAAGGAUGUCAGAAUCUUGGCAAUUUACUUAUGAUGAUGAUGAUAUUUGUAAUGAUGAUGAAGAUGAUGAUGAUGAAAAAAAUUUGUUUAGUGGAAAUUAUAAAAUUUUAAAAAAUUCUUUUAUUGAUAUUGAAAAGAAAGAAAAAAUUGGUAAUCAAGAAAAAUGGAUAGGUGAAUCAAAAUCAUCUGGACAAUCAUUUUUAUAG